AUGAGUUUGCCUUCUGGUGCUCGGUAUGAUCAUUCUGGGAGUUCCAAAGGUGAUCACGAAAGACAGUCUUGGAGCAAAGCGUUCAAGAAAGGUUGUGUUGCCACCUGGCGAUUUAUCUGUCCACAUGCAGGGCUUUUCAUCACUGUCUACGGUCUCAACGUGAUUGCUUGGGGUGCCAUGCUAAUUUUCCUCUUGCUAAAUGUCGGUCAGAUCAGAAAGGAGCGAAAAGAAACUUGGAUUGAAAUUGACUCACAAAUUCUCAAUGGGUUGUUCUGUUUAACUUCUUGGGGGCUGGCGCCCUGGCGGAUCCGUGACACAUAUUGGUUAUUGAUGUGGCGCAUUGGAUCAGGCGAAAGAUCACAGAGUUCGAUAAGGCAUCUUGCAAAGCGAAAUGCAAGUUGGUUUAGAAUGUGGGAUUGUGAUUUUAAGAGAAGCUGCGACGAAAUCCCGCUUCGCAAGACCCUGGCAGGCAAAAGUGCACCGGCAACCAAGACGCGGAAAAUGGACUUCCUUGUCAUCAACAUGCUCUUGAACAGCCUUUUCCAAAUUGGUAUGGCGACGUUCAUGUGGGUAUACAGCCGACAUACUCGUCCGAGCUUCGGAGUCGGCUUUUUCAUUGGCCUGGGCUGUUUGAGCUCUCUCCUGGCAGGGAUAAUCACCUGUGGGAGGGGCGAAAAGUCAAGCUGGUCGAGGGGUCGAUCCUGGAAGAGACCACCGAGGCAGAUGAAAAUCAGAUGGUCGCGGCAAAUCUGCCUUGACGUGUUAAAACAUGUUUCUGUACUUACUUCAACCAUUACUAGCCUCAAUUUGUCGUAA